AUGGAAGCCCUCCUCCCCCUCGUAAAAAUUACAAAAAUAAAGCUUGUUACAGCACAGGAAAAAACAACUGUGCAUUCAGACUCAGAGAUAUCACAAAUCCCCAAGGAGAGUCCAAGUUUAUCUGUGGUUGCAUUGUCUAGGUCUGACCUUCAAAAGACUGUAUGGGAAGAAGAAGCUUCUACCACCAUUUGCAUGCCCUCUGCAGGUGCUGGGAUGAGCACCGCCAGCCCAAUUGCUGAAAUUGAGAUUGAGGAUGUCACUGUAGAAGUACACCAGGAUGAGGAGGAUAUUGUUGUAGCUAGCGCUAAGGAGGAAGUUGAUGAUGAGGAUUCUGAUGGUGAUAGACAGAGAGAAAUUCAUAUGGAAGUCGUAAACAAGACCCAGGUGAAGGUCUUUGUGUUUUCUGGACUAACUGACAAUGGGAAACUUGCCCCAUUCCUAUUCAUCCUCUUCUUACACAUUUAUAUGGUGACCAUACUGGCAAAUAUUGGCAUGAUGACUAUUAUAUAUAUAAGUGCAACUCUCCAUACUCCGAUGUACUUCUUCCUGAGCUACCUCUCUCUGGUGGACAUUUUCUACUCCUCAGUAUUUACUCCUAGGCUGAUGCAUGACCUUAUUUUUGAAAGUAAGACCAUCUUAUUUAGUGGCUGUGCCCUACAGUUUUACUUUUGUGGUGCACUGGCAUGUAGUGAGGGUCUUCUCCUCUCCAACAUGGCAUAUGACCGGUAUGCUGCUAUCUGCCACCCGCUCCACUAUGUGUCAAUAAUGACUAAGAACAAAUGUCUAUCUCUUGUUUUCCUUGUCACUGCUCUUGGUUUCCUGCAGUCAUCAGUGCAAACUACCUGUGUGUUCAGUCUCAAGUUCUGCAGGUCAAACCUUUUAAACCAUUUCUAUUGUCACACGCCUUCAUUGCUCAGACUGUCCUGCUCUGACACGUUCGCCUGUGACAUGAUAAGUUUUUUCAUUAUAGGUUCUUCUUGCACAGGUUGUUUAAUGAUUAUCCUGUUAUCAUAUAUACUCAUUAUUAUUUCCAUUUUACAAAUUAAAUCUGCUGAAGGCCUUCAGAAAGCAUUUAGCACCUGCUCCUCACAUCUCACGUGCAUCUGCAUCUUCUAUGGGGCAGUUAUGUUCACUUACCUACGUUCUGCUUCCACUGAUUUUGAUAAAUUAGACAAGAUGGCUGCUGUCUUUUAUACAGUGGUGACUCCAAUGCUGAACCCACUGAUUUACAGCCUGAGAAACCAAGAGGUGAAACGGAUCAUUAUGCAAUCAAUGCACAAUCUUACUGUUAUUAAUACUGAAGACAUCAACUAUGAAAGAACAAAUAUGGAAUUAUGUUGUAAACAAAAAAGAGUAAAACAAUUCAAAAUAUGGUUUAUAUUCCUCAAAGUAUCCCCUUUUGCUUUGAUGACAGCUUUGCACACUCUUGGCAUUCUCUCAAUCAGCUUCAUGAGUCCUGGUAACAGCGUCCCUCCACAACAUCAGCAAAUAAGCAGCAGUUCUGGUACGACUACUCCAAAUAUCACGCCAAUGUCAUCACCACCAAGACGCUUCACCAGAGCAUGCCAACAUGACAGUGACUAUACUGUAGUUGGCACAAAUGUAAAUUACAACACAAAUAACCCAUUCCAUGGAAGAUAUGAGCUGAAGUAUGCUAAAAAUGACUAA